AUGGAGCUCCCCAGCAGCACCCUCACUAUCCCUAUGGUCCAGAAGAUGGGGAGGAAACUGUCGAGUAUCCUGUGUUUCUUGGCGACUGCCGGGGCGCUGUUGGCUCUCGGAGUGACGUCUCUGGGCUGGCUCGGGAUGGUGUUCACGAUGGCGGGCAAAAUGUCGAUCACUGCAGCCUAUCAGAUUAUCUACUUGUAUGCCAGUGAAGUUUUCCCGACGGAAGUACGGCAGCGUGGUAUGGGGACAGCGACGAUGGCUGCCAAAGUUGGAUCUGUGGCGGCGCCGUUUUUAGUAGAAACCCUGAGUUCCAUCGGUCCUUGGCUCCCGCUGGUUAUUUUCGGAGGAGUGUCUCUAAUAGCAGCCGGGGUCACCCUCAGACUGCCGGAAACACGGGGGGCGGCCCUAAAAGACACCGUGGCCGAUCUGGAAACAUCUGGCAACUGCUGACCCAAAACUUUUCGAACUCGAGUUGCUUUCUCGCGCUUGACAUGAGCAGAGCAAAACAGCAGAACACAAAUUCGACAAGCUACUUACCGGCACUUCCUGAGAGCUGACAUGAUGAAUUU